AAUGUGCCAAUGUAUCUACAGGGAACCCCUAUGUUCAGAGAACCCCUUGUAAGUGAUCCUUGAAGAUAAAAUAAAAUCACAAGGUGAAAUGCCAGCAGAGCUUCAAGCCCAAUGUUUAAUAUCUGGGGUGUUGAUCUCUAUCCACAGCCAGAAUGCUCACCAUGCACUGCAACAUCGAACAGGAUUCCAGUUAGUCAUCAGCGGUGUAGGGAGGAAUGAAAUCUGGUCCUUGAACAUUUUAAUUAUAGAGAUUUACAAAACAAGCUCAGAUUUCAUACCUUGGUUUUUGUGGUGAUAACUUUUGCUAAUAGUUUUAAUACUUUGUCCAUAACGUAGAGGCCCAGGUGGUAGUAAAGGAGGUGGAUGGUAAAUGUGAUCUGCAUAACAUACCAAUUGACAUGCCUCGUCUGUAUACCUGCAUACAAGAGAAGAUCCCAGGUACUGAGACUCCACCAGGCACUCCUAGUAACAUCUGUUCCACCCAGAAUGGUGCGAUACGACCCAAGACCCCAUGUGAGGAUGCUAGAGAUGCCGUGCCACAUGGCCAAGUUGGAGCCUACAUCUCCACGUGUGACGCCGCUGGACGAUACACCCCUGAGCAAUGUUGGAGCUCUACAGGUUACUGUUGGUGUGUGAACAGUUCUGGACAGAAGAUCCAGGGUACUGAGACUCCACCAGGCACUGCUAGAAUCAACUGUUCCACUAAGUCUAAAUGAGGCCCUGUGGUGGUAAAUGAGGCCCCACUUUAAAGUCCAACACAUCACUACUCUUGCUUCCUACCUUGGACUGAUUUCAGUGUCAUGAUCUCUCUUCUUCCUGUGUCCCUCUGUCAUGACAUCUCUUCUAAUUUAAUUAUAAUUAUGGCAGCUGUGGUCCUCCAAAGACAUCGAAAUGUCAUUCCAAUACAUACAGGAGUUCAGCAGAGUCCACAAUCAGAACCAUGCUACUCUGAGUCUGAAGAAUUGUUCCAGGCCACAGAGGGAUGAAAGACCCCUUGACUGAGUCUACAUCGUCACAUUUCACUAAAUCAUUCCAUUGUUUGCUUCAUGCAUUAUAUCAUCCUGUACAAUAAAGUACAUGCUCUUCAUCUUUA